AUGUGGAAGCAAACAUUUAAAUCGUGGAAGCAAACUUUUAAAUCGUGGAAGCAAACUUUUAAAUCGUGGAAGCACUGUCGAGAUUUGAGGGAAUAUAAUGUUUUGAGUCAGUGCGGUUGUUUGUUGUUUUUACAAGCAAAAUUUUGCCACCUCUGUGGUCAUACUACGUCUGGAGACAUAAGUAACUCAGCAGCUUGUCCGAUAAAAAAUAUCAACAAAAAUCAAGGUACAAAUGUUCCGUCUAAUGCUUGUGAUUCGUUUGACUCAAAUCUGACUAUAUCAACGGCGAGCACCACUACAGUUGGCCAAUCUUGUACUCCUGUGUCUUUCAAAGAGUACAGGAAACGAAAGGAGCAAGAAAGAAGCUCAAGAUUUCGUCCCAAAGCUAAAAGAGCAAAACAUAAUGAGACAAAAGAUAGAACACCCAGCAAAGUGAAUAUCAAUGUUGGAUUGAGAAGAUUUCGUGAAGACGAUCUAAAAUUUGUUCGAGGAAGUACGUUACCUUUGAUUGUUGCCCCAACGAUUGGCGCAAAAGAAUUACUCGAGAAAGCCUCUGAGAAAAUCGUGAAAUUUAACAGUGAAGUAUCUGGUGAACCUUUUGGAUUUACUCUUUUAUAUCCAGAUCGUACCAGAGUCUGCAACUUGCCUGGAAGUAGUGAACCGUUUACCUUGGAAAGAUACAAGAAAGAAAUUGGAAAACAGUAUUCCCGCCUUACUUUUCACGUGUGUAGAACUGAUGAAUACUUAAAAUUUUUGUGCAAGCCAUCUUAUUGCAGUGAAGUCAAUAGUGACUCUGAUCUUAAUAUUGUUGAUGAGUGCUUGACAAAAAUUCGUGAUGAUGAUUUGAGCUUGCAGAAUGCCAACAAUUUGGAAACUAUAGUUGAAGUGUCGAGUGCUCAUGGUAUUACUCAAGAGGCAAAUAUCAGCAACUUAAGUGCACAGUCAGGUUUAAGUAGUAUCCCUGAAGAGUCAAACACAAUCAUGUCUUGUGUGGAAUCAAGGGAAUCAGUCUUCAGCAAUAUUGCAGAGGAAGAAGUUAGUUUGGAGUCAAGUAUGUGCACCACUACUCAAAAGAGCAAAAAAAGUGGAGAGUCAAACAUUGGUGAUUUAAUCGAAGAGUCAAACAUGAUCAAUGAAGUUGAAUAUUCAUAUAAUUCAAGUGAAGUCAUUGAAAUGCCUGAAAGUAUGUUAUUACAUAUUUAUUACAGUUUUGUGCAUGGAUCUGUUGUUCAAAAUAAUUACAAACCGAGCAAUGCAGCAAGGAUGCUCAGGGGCUCUAGAAAUUAAUUAUUGCUGGUAAAAACCUGUUUUUUGUGUUGUGAAACAAUCUCAAACCAUUUUUUUUAUUUCUUUUUUCUCAAAACUAACACAGCAUAUGCAGCAAAGGUCAA